AUGGCAUGUUCAGGAAAUCAGCAAAAGAGGUUGAAAACCGAAGAGGUAACGAGUGACGAGACGGAGGAACAACAGUACAUGAUAAUUAAGGUUGUAAGAGAUGAAGAUAUCAGGAAUGACAUUGGGAAAACCGGGUACUUUGAUCUCGCAGAUCAUGACAAAGUCACGAGCUUUCGUGUUCCAAACCUGUUAGUGUUUCAAACUCUUCAAGCAACGCCAGUGACAUCUUCUGAGGAAAAUCGACUGGUGAUAGAGCUUCAACAAUGGGUGGCGGAAAGUGUCCGGAUCAAUAAUGCAAAGUUGUACUUAUUCUUGGAAGUUGAAUGA